AUGAAGCAGGAGCAGUCUCGCGAAGGCGACUCAUACAGCACGGAGUUCAUAAAUCUCUUUGGCAAAGAAACCGCAACACACGCCAGCAACAACAACGGUGCUAAUAAUAAUGGCAUGGGGAGCGCGACCACGUUGGACCAGUUUGUUGCAACAGCCUCAUCAUCAUCUUCGCUGGUGGGUAAUAGCGAGAAUAGACGCCCCUUAGUAGGUGACGUUAGCAGUAGGGGUAACACCAAUUUAUAUGACCAUGCUGUCACGCCAGAAAUACUUUUAGAACAGUUGGCCUACGUCGAUAAUUUCAUACCAUCCCUGGAUAACGAGUUCUCUAACGUGGAUUGGAACGUGAAUACUACUCAUAAUAAUGCAAAUAAUAAUGGCACGGAUGCCUUUAGCAGUAUAAACGCAAAUCCUUUUGACUUGGAUGAACAACUAGCCAUCGAGUUGAGUGCGUUUGCGGAUGAUUCAUUUAUUUUCCCGGAUGAAGAUAAGCCUAGCAACAACAACAACAACAACAACAACAACAACAACAACAAUGGUAAUAACGAUAACAACGGGCAUGAUGUAUUGCAUGAGGACACUUCUGACAGUAAUAGACAAAGAAAUCCCCAUUUCCUGACUCAAAGAAGGAAUACUUUCUUGACUUCCCAAUAUGACCAAUCAAAGUCUCGAUUUUCGUCUAGAAACAAAAGAAAUGGCAAUAAUGGUGAAACAAACAGUUUCGACAACAAUGGGCAGAACAGCCGCAAUUUUGAGCCGAACUUUAUAGAAAAUCCUCCUCAAUUUCCUGUUGACACUGUUGAUAUGACAUCAAUAGACCAUGGUGCCUUCACAAACGUUGACAUUACGUCAACUGAGAACAACACUCAUGGUGAUAAUGAAGUGGAUGCGUUAUCACACCUGCUACAUAGAACGACACAUACCCCGAACCGCUCUUCUCCACUAAGUAACAUCACUUCCGCCCAAAAUUCCUCUCUACAACAACGAAAGCAAUCAGAUAGUAAAGUCGAUAGUAUCAACGACAAUAACAGCUCGAACAAAGAUCCUAACAUAACAGUUCCUGACUAUUCAAUUAUUCCAACCUCUGUUUUGGUAACACUGUUACCUAGGGUCAACGUACCCAAGGGUGCGUAUGACUCGUUAACCACCGCGGGAUUUGACAAUGAUCAAAUAGAUGCUAUUGCCGCAAUAAUGGCGUAUCAUCAUCAGAAAAAGAUAAGGGAAAGUAACAAUAACAACAAUAACAAUAACGUCAAUGCUAAUGCAAAUCAAGAGGCACCCAUUCUGAAAAACAUCAACGAACUUUUAAGCGUCUUAAUACCACCCUCCUCAACUGAUACGACCGCACCAUCCGCCUUGUCAACAUCACCUUCUUCGUUCAAUGAGCAUGGUGUAGUAACAGAGGCCUCUUUUCUAAGCUCCAUUUUAGAACUGGGCAUAAAAAAUCCCAAAAGUAAUAAUAUUCACAAUCAACGACAAUCUUCACGAAACAAUCAUAAAAUCUCAAGACAGGAGAACGGUAGCAAUCUCAAUGAUAAUGUUAACAAUAAUAACGCUGUUAUUAAGUCAAAUACAACCCGUGGAGACGAAAUCGCCAAAAUACGAUCAGAGCCGACUCUAAAUGCAGCUUCUUCUGCUCACAAGGAGAAUAGCUUAAAAAGAUCACACUCUGGCGAUUUGAAAGAUAAAAAAGCACCCGUGAACCGCAAGUAUUCAGAUAAUGAGGACGAUGAAUACGAUGAUGCAGAUUUACACGGCCAUGGAAAGAAGCAAUUGGUCAAGAAAGAGCUAGGGGAUGACGAUGAAGAUUUAUUGAUACAAUCCAAAAAAUCUCACCAGAAGAAAAAACUAAAGGAAAAGGAAUUAGAAUCAUCGAUACAUGAAUUAACUGAAAUUGCAGCAUCUUUACAAAAACGGAUUCACACAUUGGAGACUGAGAACAAACUUUUAAAAAAUUUGGUUCUAAGUAGCGGUGAAACUGAAGGUAUUAAGAAAGCUGAAAGGUUGAAGAAGCAAAUAUUUGAAAAGGUUCAGAAAGAAUAA